AUGCUUCUUUUAAGCCAGGGAGGGCAGGAAAGAAGGCUGUUGCAAAACGCUCAUCUUACCAUGGUUUUUUCCGUGCUCGAUUUUCUCUGCUUCUUCCUUUUCAUGAUUCUCCCAUAUUCCACCAUAGCUCAAACAUCCAGAAACAUAUCUUUAAACUCAUCCCUCACUGCACGAAAUGACGAGAACUCAUCGUGGCCAUCACCAUCUGGUGAAUUUGCUUUUGGUUUUCAACAGAUUGUAAAAGAUGGGUUCUUACUGGCCAUCUGGUUCAAUAAGAUACCAGAGAGAACUAUUGUCUGGUCAGCCAAUGGGAAUAAUCUUGUGCCACAAGGAUCCCAAGUUGAACUUACACGUGAUGGCCAGUUUAUGCUCAAAGAUGCAACUGGCCAGAGAAUAUGGUAUGCGGAAUCUGCUGGUACUGAAGUCGCCUAUGCAGCCAUGCUAGACACUGGAAAUUUCGUGCUGGCCAACCGAAAUUCAAGCACGCUGUUGUGGCAGAGUUUUGAAUACCCAACUGAUACAAUCCUGCCAACACAGACUCUAAAUCAAAACAACAGCCUCUAUGCUCGCUACACGGCUACAAAUUACUCAAGAGGUAGAUUCAUGUUUGCACUACAAUCUGAUGGAAAUCUCGUGCUUUACACUACAAAUUUCCCACAAGACUCUGCCAAUUCUGCUUAUUGGUCAACCAAAACAGAUACUGGAUUUCAGCUCAUCUUCAACCAGUCUGGCCUCAUUUACCUUGCAUCCAGGAAUGGAAGCGCAAUCAAUACCAUAUCACCAUAUGCAGUUUCAAUACAAAAUUUCUACCAGAGAGCAACUUUAGUGCAUGAUGGAGUUUUGAGGCACUAUGUUUAUCCUAAAAGUGCUAGCUCAAUUGCCGAACGUCGGCCCAUGGCUUGGUCUGCUCCAGUUUCCAUACCUGAAAAUAUCUGUUUUUCAGUUGCGGGAGAGAUGGGCGGUGGUGCAUGUGGAUUCAACAGCUUAUGUAGCCGUGGAGAGGAAGGACCAAUUUGCGAGUGCCCUCAUGGUUACAUCUUUUUUGAUCCAAAUGAUGUGCGCAAAGGAUGUAAACGAACAUUUGUUCCACAAAAUUGUGACCAGGCCUCACCAGAGCAUCAUUUCGAUUUUAAAGACAUGCAAAACACAAAUUUUCCUUAUGGAGAUUAUGAGCAUUUUAAGAACGUAUCUGAGGAUUGGUGCAGACAGAAUUGCCUAGAUGAUUGUUUUUGUGCUGUUGCAAUUGUCAACCUGGCUGGAGACUGUUACAAGAAGAGACUUCCUUUUUCGAAUGGGAUGAUUGACCCUAGUAGUGUUAAUUCAAAAGCUCUGAUCAAAUUUGGGAAAGACAACUCUACUUGGUCAGGUGGAGGUGCAAUCACAAAAAAGAAAGAUAAUUCAACUCUGAUACUUGUUGGAUCAGUGCUCCUGAGUAGCUCUGGGGUCCUGUACAUCCUCUUACCAUUAAUAACCUAUUUGGUUGUUUCUCGCAUCUAUUCUGGAAAAGAAAAGGUCAUUCAACCUCGUCCAGUCAUGUCAGGCAUGAAUUUGAAGUAUUUCACUUAUGAGGAGCUAAAAAAAGCUACGAACGAAUUCAAGGAAGAACUAGGACGUGGUGCUUCUGCAACAGUUUUUAAAGGAGUUUUAGCGUCUGAUACUGGAAGGUGUGUUGCUGUCAAACGUUUAGACGCUAAGGUCAGAGAAAAUGAUUUGGAAUUCAAAGCUGAAGUGAGUGCUAUCGGCAGAACAAAUCACCGAAAUUUAGUCCAGCUACUUGGAUUUUGUAAUGAGGGGGAGCACCAAAUUCUUGUAUAUGAGUUUAUGAGCAACGGCUCUCUAGCAAGCUUCCUCUUUGGAGAAUCAAUGCCAAACUGGUACCAGAGAAGGCAAAUUGCCUUGGGAAUUGCAAGAGGGCUUGUGUAUUUGCAUGAGGAGUGCAGCAGCCAAAUUGUUCAUUGUGACAUCAAGCCUCAAAACAUUCUUCUUGAUGACUAUUUCACAGCAAGAAUUUCUGACUUUGGAUUAGCGAAGCUUUUGAGAUUGGACCAGACUCGAAGCAUGACUGCUAUCAGGGGAACCAGAGGGUAUGUGGCCCCUGAAUGGUUCAGAAGCUUACCUAUCACAGUCAAGGUUGAUGUUUACAGCUAUGGCAUUUUGUUGUUAGAGAUUAUUUUCUGCAGGAAGCAUUUUGAAGCAGUGGCAGACAAUGAAGAUGAAAUGAUACUAGCUGAUUGGGCAUAUGAUUGCUAUAUGCAAAAGAAGCUGCACCAGCUCUUCGAGAAUGAUGAGGAAAUCAAUGACAUGGAGAAGUAUGUGAUGAUUGCAAUAUGGUGCAUUCAGGAGGAUCCAUCACUCAGACCCACCAUGAAGAAAGUCACACUGAUGCUUGAAGGAACUGUUGAAGUCUCAGCUCCACCUCCUCUUUCAUAA